CUCGCACCGCAUCCUUUUCCCACUUAAACUUCUCUUGUCCCCGUGCCUGCUGCCUGAUUUUCUCUUCCCUCUCUUCUCUCCAUCAUCACACAACCCUUCCAAGAAAACAUCACCAGGACUUCAUCAAACAAUGGAGUCAUUCUGAUUUCUCUCGUCACCCUUCUAUCUCGCUCACUGGCAAGAUAGACUCUGUCAUCAGCUUCUAUGCUCACAACCACCCGACUCUAACCUCACCCCUCGUCCACAGUCUCCACCCGGAGUUUCUGUGAACAAAGACUUCGUUGCGUCUCCUGCCUCGAGCUCUUCACUCACAACCGCAACCAUUCACGCGUUGGAUUUCACAUCCUUCACCACGGAUCAACAGCAAACAUGGCGUUCCCCAACCCCAAGAUCAACCGCUGCAGUGCCGCAGAACCAACACAGCUUCAGCCAGGACUUUCAGCUCUUCGCCGCUCCGGAGACCCUUCCUCGCGUCUCUCCAACAGCCUUGCGUGCGCAGGGGAUAUCGAGUACAGCCCCUAAGACCCAAACCCAACGGCUGCAACAGCUCAGGCAUCUCUCAGUCUCUAGCAGAGUGUCUCCAGUACAAUCUUGUCAGUCACCGUCUCAAGGGUCUUUCCACUCAGUAAACCACCGGUCUUUCUCAAGCCCAGCAUUGCCAAACCCUAGUCUGCAGAAACAGAGCUUGCGCUAUCUCGCUCACCUGCAACGACUUCCCCAAGUUCCUCCAUUUGACUCAACCACGUCUGUUCCUCAUCGAAACAACUCCGCACCAGGUGUUCCACAAGUCGACAUGUCGACCCUCUUUGACACCACGUUUCUUCCUGGGGGCGAUUUAUUCGCUUCCCAGGAUGAAUUCCUGGAUUUCGGCACCAACUUCCAGCCAACAGGCUAUACCGCAGCUACCGACGCUGCCCUAACGCCAAAUGAUGGCACUGUUUCUCCCACCGAUUUGUUCAGGGAUGAUUCGAUCAUCAUGUCUGCUCCACCCUCCACUGCCUUCCCUAACCUCAGCACUCCGGAGUCGGGCUACCUAGAGUCUCCGGCUAUGGCCAGCAGUGGCCUGAACACUUCUCCUUUGGAGGAUGGCCUUCUCGAUGGCCAGUUGAACUUUGCCGAACUUGACAGCAUGGCACCUUUGUUCCCGCAGGAUGGCUGUGAUCAGUUUGCUCAACAGCCCGUCCAAACUGAGCCCAUGCCACCCAAAUCGAGCUUCAGCAGCGUGAACAGUCAGUCUGCCUCAAAGACUGCUUCGCCUAUGGUCAGGCAGAAGUCUUCUCCUGGCCGACCGCCGUCGAUCCCUUUCACUCAUGGCCGCAAGCACUCUGAGACCCACGGUAUCAGCAAAUCCUCCAAGCCGCGCAAGUCCUUGCCAGAAAUCACCAUCGACAGUGAGGAUGACAAGGAGACUGCCAAGCGAAAGAAGAACACUGCUGCCGCUCGAAAGUCUCGACAGAGGAAGCAGGAGGCGGCCGAGGCCGCCGAGGCAGAGAUCCAGCGCCUCAGGGCCAUCAUCUAUCGCCUCGGAGCGGACCCCGACGCCGGAAUCUAAAUGUUUUUCAGUGAUGGAGUUGUUUGUUUGAUGACGGUGACGAAGGGAACUACAUCGGCCGUAGCAUUUCACUGUGCUCAGUUUCGAUUGCAAUGCAUGGGACAUAAUUACGCUGUGGCUGCCUUUGGUGGUAGCACCACAACACGCAGCAGCAUGACGCUUGGGGUUGGAGGAAUCGAUCCGUCGACCCGACAGGGCUGACAUCAUCCUCCUUCCGCCACGUCACCCCAGCUUUUCGGCUUUUCAUAUCCUUUUCCUUCAUGCCGGUCAAGGCGAUAUCAUCGAGGUUGAUGAGCUUUCCCCGUCAGGGCUUGCUCAGGCUACCUCUUGCACAUGGAGUUCAUCCACACAUCGCAACGGCACCUGUUUGUUCUCCCGCGAGCUGACGUCCGAGUUCGUUCCUUUCGGCCCACGUAACAGUGGGCUCCGGAAGCAGUCGACUCGAUGUCGACGUCCUCGGCUGCGGCCCUCGCAUGGGUUAUUGUGUUUGUUUUGUGUUUGGCCGGUUCUGACUGUCUCCCUUCCUCCUGCAAAGACACGGGGUGUUCCCCGGUUCUUCAAGGGCGAGGGAUCGACUCGUGGCCUGUAGCGUGUGUUUUAUUUUCCUUUGCAGGAUACAUCCCCAUCUACCAGCCGGAACUCGAGAGGGUCACGGUGGGAGGGAAACUGUAUCCAACAAAAGUCAGUCCAGUCUCUACCUGUUUACAUAGCUACCACUUUGCUAGCACCGAGCGCGCAGGACAAGCAAGCCUAUCUUCUUGAUCCCCGUGUCUCCCUCUCCAUGCUCUACUUGUCCAGUUGGAGUCAUGAAUGCAAUGCAAUACAAUGCAAUUCAACUUUGUCUGUCCA